UAAGCCCGAGGCAAAGCCGGGCCGGCCCUGGGAUAAAGCCGCGGGAGGUGCGGGAUGUCCAGCGCUCGCUCCAGGCCCCCGGGAGCAGCCGGUGCCAGCCCGCGGGGGGCCGUGGGAGCUCGGGGGGGCUCUGCCAUCCGAGCUAACGCCGUGCCCCCUCCCCAGCUGCGGCCCCUGGCCCUGCUGGCCCUGGCGGAUUUCCUGGGCGCCGCUGCCCUGCUGGGCACGGCCACGCUGCAGCUGCUGCCGGCCCCGCUCUCCGUGCCCGCCUACGCCGCCUGUCCCUACGGGCGGAUGCUGGUCACGACCUUCUACUCGGUCUCGUUCCUCAUGGUCGUUGUCUACGCCUACGAGUCCUAUCGCACCGUCCUUGGCGGCAGAGCCCGGCCCGCGGCAGCGCUGCAGGAGCGGAGCCGGUGCCUGGAGAGCGCGUGGCAGGGAAUUCCCUACAUCCUGGCCUGGCUGGUGCCGGCGCUGACGCUCCUGGGGCAGCUCCUCGCCCGCGGCACCCCCGGCACCGACAUCGCGCCCGUGGUGCCCUGGAAAGGGAACGGCUCCCACGGCACCUUCGGGCUGUACUGCUCCAGCUGCCUGCUGCUCAUCCGCCCUGCCCAGGACAUUUGCUGCCAGUACCUCGGUGAGAACGACGCGGGGCUGGCGGGGAAAAUCAUCUUCCUCCUGUACCUGCUGCUGGUGCUCGGCUGCUGCACGCUCCUGUACCGCCGGGUGAGGCUCCGCUGCCGCGGGACGGUCGCGGUGCCUUUGCUGCCCCUGGAGAGGGACGCGGGCUCUGGGGGCGGGAGCGGCCGCAGCGUCAGCAAAGCCUCCCGCUGCUUCCAGCUGGUUUUCCUGCUCUGCUGGACACCAGCCUUCCUCCUCACCCUCCUCUCCUUCACCAGCAUCAAACCCGCCUCGGUCCUUGUCCUCUACGGUGCUGCAGCCCUGAGCGUGUCCCUGCAGGGCUUCCUGCACAGUUUGGUCUAUGGCUGGAUGAGGGAGAACUUCCGUCGGGAGGUGCUGGGCAGGAGCCCCCCCCUGCAGCCCCCCCGGGGCCUCCAGGCUUUCUAUGACGAGUCCCUGGGGGCUGUUCCCUGAGCUCCCACCUCGGAUCCCUGGGGGCUGUUCCCUGAGCUCCCACCUGGAAUCCCUGGGGGCUGUUCCCUGAGCUCCCACCUCGGAUCCCUGGGGGCUGUUCCCUGAGCUCCCACCUCGGAUCCCUGGGGGCUGUUCCCUGAGCUCCCACCUCGGAUCCCUGGGGGCUGUUCCCUGAGCUCCCACCUCGGAUCCCUGGGGGCUGUUCCCUGAGCUCCCACCUCGGAUCCCUGGGGGCUGUUCCCUGAGCUCCCACCUCGGAUCCCUGGGGGCUGUUCCCUGAGCUCCCACCUGGAAUCCCUGGGGGCUGUUCCCUGAGCUCCCACCUCGGAUCCCUGGGGGCUGUUCCCUGAGCUCCCCCCGGAGCCAAGGCAGGAUCUGCACGUCGCUGGCUGCUCAUGGAAUCAUGGAGAGGUUUGGGUUGGAAGAGACCUUAAAGCCCAUCCAGUGCCACCCCUGCCACGGGCAGGGACACUUCCCACAGCUCCCUGUCCGGGCAGGAUCUCCCCACCGGACUUGGCCCCUCGUGCCUGGAAAGGUUUGAGGGCACAGGAGGUGCUGGGCAGGUUCCAACAGGGAAAUGAAUGUCCUGUUUGUUCCUGUUAAA